GCCUUCGCAUGCAGUUGUCACAACAAUUGUCGCUUUGUGUGGUACGGUACCGCAACUGUAGGGAGGGUGGGUAACAAUAAUUGGCCCUAUUUUUGCCCUUUACUUGCUGUCACGAAAACUUCCUGUUACUACGGUAACUGGCGUGAAUAAGUACAAGCAACUCAUAAUCCCUACUCUAUGGAAAGAGAGUUCUCAACCGCUUGUGCGGUUUUGCUGAGCAAUGUCGCUUGCUUUGCGGGCCCAGUUACGGAUGUGUUGUCACGGCCCGGCAGCAACAACUGCCCGGCUGCGCACAGACCGCACGCGACCUUCAUGCAUGGUGAAAGCGAGGAACUGCACAACGCUGGCACCGCCGUACUUGCUCCUUGUCAGCGCUCUUGUUUGGGCAGCUGCCAAGGUGCGGCGGUGCACAGCUGCAUCCCAAACGUCGCUCCCACAAGAGCCGUGGAUACUGCGGACGUGGGACCUAAACACGGAAACGCUAAGGCUGACAGCUCGCGGCAUGGGGCUAGAUGGCAGCGGGAGCAGUUGCAGUUACUGGUGGAGUAUGUGGCCUCCCUGCCACCCGGACGCCGCAACAACACCCGCGAGGCAUUGGCACUGUUGGGCUGGGCAAAGCUCCCUGACCCGGACGGCGCGAUUUCUAGGAGACUUCUGUACAAGCUAAGCAACAUCCGGCAUCAACUGUCCAACGGAGUAGAUCCGCUGGCAGGCCGGUCGCAGUGCAUGGUUAUGGCCCCUGGAACGUAUAACUGGCGGGAGUGGCUGCGCCGAGCCUUACUACAGCUGCCAAACCACGAGGGCACGCUGGACGAUAUUGCGGCCGUUCUUGAAGCGGAUCCAGACAUUUCGCCCAAGCUGGACAGAAGAAUGGAGCCAGUAAAGCUAAGAGUUCCAAGAUGGAGAUGCAGCGUGUCUCAAAGUAUCCCGCGGAUCCCAGAAAUCUUCAACACCGGCAAGAAGAGAAACCAGUUGACGGUGUACCGCUAUGAUGAGGAGGUCGCACGUCAGCUGCCGGGUGGCAGGGGUCCCAAGGUUCCCAAGAAGGGGCAGCAGGGGCUGCCGCACUUGGGCAAGAAGAACGCGUAAGAGCGCGAAAAAGAGACGGACGUACGCCUUGGGAAGGGAAGUGCGUUGGAAAUGUUUUGUAUUCGUUGGCUAUAAGAGGCGUCUACGACGAGGAUCGUUGUAAGGCGAACUAGAAGGGGUAUGCAUGCCCCUUACAGCCUGGUCACAAAUGGCUACUUCCUACCUUCCGUCACAUAGAACCCACGUUGGACGUAGCGGCCCAAGUGUAGGUCGCGGUCACAUGCUACGUCCGUACACCAAAUUCAGUGCCACGUUAAUAGGGACUUUUAAGAGCUUCAUUGUUAUUCAUUGCCGAUGGGCUACCAGUUGGGUUGCCCUGGCUCUGUUCCCAACCGCGAGCGGCCCCAUGCCACGUUGGUUCUGGUCUUCGUGGCUUAGGCGUUAUGGGCGAUAGGGUUGAGAUAAGCAUGCGCUUCCCUGACCGUGAGGACGCUAGUAUAUUGGCCACUUCUGCCUCGACAAGGCAGCGACCAGAAAACUAUACCAGGAUUAUGGAUUCCACUUUGCUCGGGCUGUCCCCGAGCUGCGUCGUGCCAUUGUCCGUAACCCAAUACCCGGUGAAGUCCGUAGAGCUAAGCACCUGACCCGUGGGUCUGCCUAUGUUGCAAUGUUGCUAAUGUCCAUGAGUGCCCUGGCAGCCGACCUAGCCAUAUUUGCUUGAGUUAGGGACGUUUUAGGAGGAGUUAAUGGCUAAUCUCACUAAGAAUGGCAUGAGUGGUCGCGCGCUGAGGCGCCAAUAAAAACACAUGGUCGCGCGCAAUAAUUGAUCACCUUAAAGAGUUCGAAAGGCUUUGCUGAAGGAACCAUGGUAAAACACGCACCCAAGAAGCUGUAGUACUAAUUUUACGACUAGGGGUCCACCUCGGUUCGCUACAUUUUAACGUGAACCCACCCCCCUACCCCCUCCGUUCACGUUCAUGACCUACGUCAACGUAGAGCUAAAUCGUAACCCAACGUUUGUCAUGUGACCGGUCUACGUUUACGUUAAUUCUUCACAAACGUAACAUGGAAAUUGCAAUGGUGCAGUACAAGAUCCGUACGGCAGUUGCAUCCGGAACCAGAUAUAAGCCCCAAGUUGGGUUCCUUGCCAUCUCGAGUAAGCCUUUUCGCGCUGCUACAGAAAUUAACGUUGUGUGACCUGACUAUUAUCGCACAUAUGUGGCCACCCGUGCAUGCGUGCAAGGAAGGGUGGGGGCCGUAAACCCAGUCCAUGUUUUGGGGGGCAUACCUUCACUGUAACGGUGUUCUUGAGUUCUUACUGCAACCUGUCAGUCC